AUGAGUGAAUUAGAAUAAUAUUAAGAGGACUUAGCUGAAGUUCAAGAAUGGUUGAAGAUAGCAAAGAAACCAAAUAAUAUUGAGUAUUUGAACAAGAGGAUUAAAUUCUUAAGUGAUUCUAUUAAGAUACUUCAACCAUAAAAAGUUGAGAAGGAUGAGUAGAUUGAGUAAAAGAUGCCACCAAUAGAUGAAUUAAAGUUUGAGAAAAUAACUAAAUAUGCAUUUGAAUAGGAAGAGAAUAAAAUAAAAAUAAUUAUCAAUAUGGAUGGUAUAGGAGAAUUACCAUAAAAGAAUAUUUAAGUGGAAUUUGGAAAGAAUUGUUUUGAUGUUCGAGUCAUAGGCUAUAAUAAUGCCAAUCAUAGGUUUAUAUAUAAAUAUAAUUAUUUAUAAAGGUUACAAAUUAAUAAAACAUUUGGUGGAUUUCUUGAUAAAAUGAGCAGUUAUAAAGUUACCAAGAAUAAUAUUCAUAUAACAUUAAUCAUACCUGAUCAAACAUAAUGGACAUAGAUUAAAACAACAGAAAAUAUUGUAAAAUUUAUAUAUUAAUAUUAGAUUGAUUAAAAGAAAGAAUAGAAAGAAAAAAAGAAAUAUGAAAAAGAUGGACAACCUCUAGAUGAAAAUGUUAAAGGAGUUUUAGGUAUGUUGAAGGGAUUCUAUGAAAGUGAUGAUCCUGAAAUGAGAGAAACAGUCAGAGAAUUCAUGAGAUAGACUGCCAAUAAGUAAAUGUGGAAAAAUUGA